CUAGUGCCAACAGAAAAGAAGAUAGAAAACAGGAUAAAAGAUCUGAUAUUAUGUUUAUCAAAGAGUGUGAAGAAAAAUUAUAUAAACUCAUCUUUGUGAAAUCUUCACAUAUAGUCUGCACUAAGAUCAAAGAAGAGAAUGAUAAUGCAAAGCUCUGGAGGGAAAUAAAUGACGAAAUAACCUGGGUUCAUAAAGGAUACAAACCAGAUAAAAAUGAGUUUGAAAUUUUUGGAAUUCAAAUUGCUAGAAAAAUAAUACAUCUGAAUGUUCUAAUUAAGAAUACAGAUAAAAUUUAUCAUCUUUACCAUUUGUGCUUAAUAGAAAUUCCCUUACAGCCAACUGAUGAAGAUGAUGUGUUUCAGUUUGUAGGUGCAUUAUUACUUUUACGAAAUAUUAUAAUUGUUAAUAUUUUUAUGUUGUUUAAUGUGUCAAAAACUAAAUCAGAACAACUUAAAAAAUGA